AUGCCGGCACCGCCCCGGAAUCGCGAGGCGAAGAUGCCGGCCUGUUCGGCCGAGUUCAGCCGGCUUUUGCAACUCUUAGCUGCGGAGCACGUAAAGGAGAUUGGCAAAGCUCGGGCGGCUCCAUCGCAGACCUCGACAUCGGCACCACCCAGCCAGUCAGAGAAGCAGGCGACAAUCAUACUGCCAGAGCCUGCAUCUCCGAUGUCUCUUGACACCGCCUCCUCAAGGAGGUUGCCAGAGAUGACGAUCACCCGCAGAGAGGAUUCCCCUGCAGAGGAAUUGCGUGGCAGAGGAUUUUCGCAGCAAAUCUCUGGUGACGAGGCUCCCAAGAACGAGACGUCUCGCGAGCUUCGCGAGCGUGAGCCCAGCAGGGAUCGAGGCGAGCCCAGCCGGGACAGGGCCUCCAGCGGCAGCGCUUUCCGAAAGUCGCCCUCGAGUGAGAUGGGCGGCUCCAGCCAGCUCCGUGGUGAACCGAGCCCAAGCCUGGAGGGCAGUUGGCUUCAUGACUCCAUGGGGCACUUCGAUCACUUCGACCUCUCCUUUCAGGAGGAGACGUCCAACGAUGACCCGAGCACCUGCCAGCGCCUCGCCGCAUUCCUGCAGUCCCAGGCUUUCGAGUCGCUCCUAUCGGUGCUGCUGAUUGCCAACGUCGUCUUCAUGGCUUUUGAGAUGCAGUAUCUUGGCUCCGUCGCCGGGCUUAGCAUCGGGAAGUACUCGAACGUUUUCCCCACGGAGUCGGCCUGGCCCACGAUGGACCGAGUCCUGUUCAUUGGAGACCUUGUCUUCACGGCCGUCUUCGCAGUAGAUGUUACCCUGCGCAUCACUGUGCUGCGCUGUCGGUUCUGGCGCACGUUCAUGAACUGGAUAGAUGCGUUUGUGGUCGCUACGUCGUCGAUUCAGUGGUUCUUCCCGAGUUUGUCGAUCAACCCGAUUUACCUCCGGCUUUUGCGACUGGGGAAGCUGGCAAGGGCACUGCGCAUGGUGACCAUGUCGAAGUCAAUGGACUCCUUGCAACUUCUCUUGAAGUGCUGCGCUUCCUCGGUGGACAUGCUCUUCUGGUCCUUCUGCUUGCUGACUUUCAUCCAAUGCAUCGCUGGCAUGAUCGUCAGUGCUUUGGUACGUGAGUAUCUCACGGAUGACUCAAAGCUGCUCGAAGAUCGGCAAAAAGUUUGGGACUACUACGGGACGUUUACCCGGACGUUUCUUACCAUGUUUGAGAUCCUCUUCGCCAAUUGGGGCCCACCAUGCAGAGCACUCGUCGACAACGUGGAUGAAGCCUUCUCACUCUUCUUCCUCAUAUACCGGUGUAUGAUCGGGUUUGCUGUGCUAAACGUGGUGAAUGCCGUCUUUGUGCAGCAGACAAUGCUUCUGGCCAGUAACGAUGAAGAUUUGGCCUUCAAACAGAAGCAGAAAGACUGGGAUUGGUACUCGAAGAAGGUGCGGCGACUCUUUGGUGCCAUUGAUACCUCCGGAGACGGCUCCAUCACCUUCGAUGAGUUUUCAAACUUGGUUCAAAGUCCGAAGUUGAAGUUUUGGAUGAGCCAGCUGGAGUUAGAGUACCAUGAUCUUUUGGGUCUCUUUGAGAUGCUCGACGAUGGCGAUGGUGAGAUAUCAAUUGACGAGUUCCUCGAGAGUGCACGAAGAUUGAAAGGGCCCGCCAAGGCCAUCGACAUGUUCAGAAUGGAGACCAAAGUUGAGCUGCUGUUGGCGCAGGUCCUGGCAAACACCUCGCCCAAAACGGCUCGCUCCAACAGCAAGACUUUUGAGUCUCUGUUCAAGGCCGCUGGCAUCUCGAGGGAGAGCCAUGGCUUCGGGAAGGUGAUGGCUGUGGCUGAGGCUACAGCAUCAGAGCACGAUCCUGAGUCCAAGCACUAG